AUGCCUGCGGUCGGGCGGGCCUCGGAGGUUGUUCCAGGAGGCUCUGUAUUGACAGAGUCUCAAAUGGAGCGGAUCUGGUCGGAGUUCGAGAUUCUGAACUCCGUGCAGAUAAGGGCCUUGGAGCCCCAUGACACCGCCGACGCACCUGCUGAAGGGGAAGUCGCCAUUUUCCUCUGUGCACUGCAGUGUGGGCUCCGGCUUCCUCUACACCCUUUUGUCCGCGCCCUAACAGCCUACUUGGGGCUAGCUCCUGGCCAAUUCACUCCCAAUGCUUGGAGGGUUUUAAUCUCUUCCUUUAUCAUCUGGCGUCAAGUUGGAAAUCCAGAGUUGACACUGGAGGAGUUGGUAAAUUUGUACUUGGUCAAACACGAUAGUCACGAACCAUGGUACUACUUCGCGACCCGAGGCAGCAAGGGAUUGGGUCUGGUCAUGAAUCUUCCGUCCUCCAAUAAGGACUGGAAGAAUAAAUGGUUUUGGGCUUCGGGUGAAUGGGAGGCGCUGACGGCGGAGCUCGGAUGCUUGAUGACCCGGGUCCCUACCAGAUUUUCUUCACCAGGCAUGGCUGAGGCGUCCGGAUCUCGUAGGAGAAAGGCCGCCCCGACUGUAGACGAGAUGCUAAGGGCCGAGCUCGGAACGAAGACGGUCGUUCGGAGGCGGCAAGCGGCUCCUCGCGGUGAGGGCCCCUCGGCUCCAGUUUCUGUUGUUGCACCUCCAGCUGCAACCCCAAUUUCUUUUGCUGCAACCUCGAUUGUAGCACCUGCUGUGGCUGAGGCCGCAGCUGCCGAUGCUAUGUCUCCACAUCCCCCUCUAGCCGUUGCCCCUCACACUAUCGCAGCUCCCCCUGUAGCCCUUGCACGCUGCAUUGCCGUUCCCUCUUCAUCCGAGCGGGAGGAGGCCGUUCGGAUGGCUGAUGCCAUGCUCUCCCCUCCCGAAGUCGGGGAUGACCACAGGGCUGAGGCUCAGGCCUUAGUAGGGAGUAGAACUGAGGCCGGGGAAGCCAUGGGAUCGGCCCAGGUGGGGACGAGCGAAGAGAGAUUCGAGCCAGGCUACCACAUGUCCUGCCUGGCUCACUGGGCGGCGAAAAAUGCCUCGGAUGAGGAGAUAGCCAACCUCCUUCAUAAAUCAGAUGAAUCCUUCAUCAAUGACAUGACUUCUGUCUUCUACCGGUCCAUCUCGAAGCUUCUUAUAAUUUGGGAGAGACUGCGGGAGUUCAAGAAGAGAGAAGCUGAGGUGGAUGCCCUUAAAGGCGAGGCGAGGAUCUUGCGAGAUGAGGCGGCCUUCCUCCGGAUGGAGCAAGCUGAACUGUGUCAGCAGCUUGAGGAUGUGAGAGCUCGAGAACUCCAGCUGCAGGUGGCCAUGAGCGAGCUUGAGACGCGAUGCGGUGCGGUGGCGGACGAGCUGACACGAGGCAGGGCCCAUGCGGAUUCGCUGGCCAAGGAGAAUGCCAGAUUGGGAGAAGUCCUGGAGCGGACUAGAGCCAAGGCAAUAGGAGAACAGAGUCGAGCCGUCUCCCAGGCGAAGGAGGCUCAGCGAGCUGAGGACGAGGCCUCCCUGGCCGUAGCGGUGGCCGCUGCAGUGGAGGCCUUCAAGGCUUCGAAGGAGAGGACGACUGAAGCCACCAAGUUUUACAACUGUGGCUUUGAUGCCUGUAUCGAAGCAGUCCAGGACUUGUAUCCGGACCUCAACCUUGAGCCGUUGUUGCCCGAAGACGCCGGAGAAAAGCCUGCUGAAGAUGUCCGCCCGGAUCAGGGUCCCAGUUCCCCGGCUCCUCCUCCCCCUCCAACCUCAUAGAUUGGAUCAUUUACAUUUUUCAAGACUUUUAGAAACUUGGUUUUUUUGAAUGAUGUGGUGGAGAAUAUUUUGACCCUCUGAAGAGGGCAUGCGAAUGAUGAUUUUUGACCCUCUGGAGAGGGCACAUGGAUGAUGAUUUUUUUUUCUUUAUAUGUAGUUAGUUUUUGGAUGUUGAUUGUUGUUUACCGACCUGAUUUAUUGACAGGUCGGUUUACUGCAUUGCCGAGCCAACUCUUUGACGGGCCAGCCUGUUCCAAUGUCGUCUUAUAGAACUUGAAUCUUUCACGAUGUCACCGCUGUUAAGUCCGGAUCCCUAAGGGAUCGGCUUGUCCCACAACUGGCGAGGAACCUUUGAUCUAUCCGUUAGUUGGGUGAUGAGCCGACUCUUCUGUCGAGGAGUCGGGUCAUCCAUUGGCUUUUCCCCUGACUAAGAGGGGAUGCCUUGUCGACUUUUUGUGGGAUAACGUUCUUUCCCCUUCUUUAAGGGAUCAACUCGUUUAGUCCGCCUCUGCAUAUGAGAGACAACUUUUCCUUAGUAGAUAAUCUGUUCAUGUAGAUAGAAAGUGGUGAAUUUCAUUGAGAGCCUUAAAGGCUAGUCGCUCGGAGGCGUACAUUUAUUGAGAGCCUUAAAGGCUAUUCUAUCAUGGAUAGUAAACUUUUAGGUGUUCGGCAUUCCAGGGAUGGAUCUCCUCGAUAGACAAAAUUCCAGCCAUUCAAUUCGUGGCCUGCACAUAGCCAGCUAGUAAUAGAAGUGCAGCAGAAGUCCACAUUCAAUUGAGAAAAUGGCCAAAAUUGGUGGCUAGGAUCUUCCAAUCUGCAAGAGAGUUUUGGGCCAUGGUCCAUCCAUGGUAGGUUGCAUCAGACCAACUGCCUUGCUAACUGAAAUAUGUGCCCCACUCAUGCAAGUUAAAAACUCUUACAAUCAGAUGGUUCGUAUGUUAGGAUGAAUUGUUUUAUUCUCCAAGUUGUUUUGUAAUUUACAGCAACAAUACACAAACUGAAAGAAAAUGGUCAUUUGUUUUUGAUCACUUGAUAGAAGGGGUGGCGUGCAAUCGGUGUCCAGCAGAGCCGUGGUUGGGUCCACUAUGCCAUCCAUCGGCCUGAGCCCCACAUAAUGCUCUUCAGGAGGCCCCUCAAUUACCAGCAGCCUCAGGAGAAUAAUCAACACAUGGUCAUUGGUAAGUGAUGAUGUGUGUUUUCUGUGUAGAAAUGUUGUUGAUGGUUGCCAGCAGUACUGUGAACUUGGACUGGUCUUUCUGUUGACUGUAGCUUUUCAUGGUUGGUGCUGUUUUGGCAUUUAAAUGUGGUUGUGAUGAUUCUAGUUAAAUAGGAUUUGUGGAGAUUUGGGUGUA